AUGAGGAAAUUGCUGCAGAAUUCCAGUGCAAUCGAAGCACAGUAUUAAAGAUUCUGAAGCAAAAACAAUGGUCUAAUAUAAGUAAAGUUUCAAAAAAUGCAAAUGCAUUUAAAACAACCAGUUCUAAAUUUCCUCAGAUUGAACAAGCCCUUGGAAUGUGGAUUGGUACUGCUGAGCAAAGGCAACCUAUUCUUACAGAAGAAGUAAUUCACCAGAAGGCUCUUGAGUUUGCAGCAUUGUUAAGAGUUCCAGAAAGUGAUUUUAAAGCAUCUGAUGAAGCAGAGAGUGCCCUGAUAGAAUUUUUGCCCCAAUUUCGUGAAGAGCUAAAAGAUCUCUUAAAGUUAUAUGAACCCCGAGACAUUUUUAAUGCAGAUGAAUGUGGUCU